AAAAAAUUAAAUUAAAUAAAUAGAAAUUAAAUUAAUUUAACUAAAUUUUGAAUGCUGACUAAUGUAUCGUAAUAUAUGAAAUCCCGCAUAUAUCUCGUCAAUUGGAAAUAAACAAUACAGACGUAAUAAAAGAAUGGUGAAAAAAAAAAAAAAAAAAAAAAAUGACGCGCAAAAUUGACUUUGAAUGAACCCGUCCCCUACUUUCUGGAGGCACAUAAAAGAAGAAGGUGCCAGCAUAAAUAAAUCCUGACUUUUAACACCAGUUAGUAUAAAUACGCCGGUAAAUUCGCAUGGAAUCUCAGUUUCUUUAUAUAGUUAAAGAUUACUUCAAGUUCAGAAAUCGAUUCGAUUAAAAAAUUUUGUAACAAAAAAUGGCAAAGAUUUUAUUAUUCCUCUGCUUUACAUUAUUCGUCAUGAUCGUAACGGGACAAGAUAAUACACAACCGUUGUGCAGUCCUCUCUAUGGAUAUUGCAAAGAAUCAUCUGAAUGUUGCAGACAUUUACAAUGUAUGACUUAUUCAGCAAAGUGCAUUCAUAAAGGUGGAUUAAUUAUUCCAGGACAAGACACGAGACCUCUUGAACCAUUUCCUAAAAAUUAAUAAAAUUAAUUAGCACCAAUCAUUUUUUUUUUAUAAUAAAUGAUAAAUAAUUUAACUUUAAAACAGUUUUACCAGAUGUGACAUAUGUGUACUUAAAUAAUUUUAAGAUUUUUUUUAGGAUUUAAUUACCUUUUACAUAUAUAUCAUUUUAUUAUAUAGAAUCUUUAAAACUAUCAAAUAAAAUUAACUACAUAUUGUGUAAAUUGUA